CCCUUUAAUGCUUACUCUGCACCUGGUGAAGCUAAAGGUCCACUGGUGUAUGUUAAUUAUGGUCGUAUCAGUGAUUUCCAGUAUUUGGUGUACAAUUUGAGUCUUAAUUUGACUGGCCAUGUUUGUAUUGCACGCUACGGUCAAAUAUUUAGAGGAGACAAGGCUCAUUUAGCUCAGCGCUUUGGUUGUUCAGGAUUGAUUAUUUAUUCUGAUCCAGCUGAUUAUGCACCAAAGGAUGGUCCUCCUGUUUAUCCUAAAGGCCCGUCCCUUCCUCCAGGAGGUGUUCAGAGAGGAACUGUAAUGUUAACUGUUGGAGAUCCUCUUACCCCUUCUAUACCAGCAAUAG